AAUACUCAGUAACAAGGGCUUGUUAAAGGUUAGAGGAUGUAACCAGAGUAACAAUCCACAUCCGACAAGAAGAAUCACAUUUUUCAUCUGAUAAAUAUACUUGAAACUGUGCUGUUUUUCUAGUCUAGCAUACAUUUCUCUCUCUCAUUUCUUGGUAUUUUUGUGAGGAGCAACUCUGGCUGCCCCUGGUUCUGGAAGUAAUAUUGAUUUUUCUCAGACCCAUGUCACCCCAUGUUACAUGACUUGUGGAAGCUCUUCUCCUGCUUGAAAUCUGCAUGAAUCAUCAGUCUAAAUGAAAACAUCCGAUCUCUGAACUGCUAACGGUGGCGAGAGCUGAAAACUGAAAACAACAAUCUGCAGCUUAAAACAGUUUGCUUUAAAUUCUGCACUACAGGAGCCCAGUAGCUCAUUUUUGCCCCUGGUCCCCUCAGCCAGUUAAUCCGGCCAUGCCAGAGAGUACACAUCUGGUCUCAUGAGGGUUGGAAAUUUACCUUUGAAGGUGGGCCACGUUAAGGCAGACUGUGAAAUUAACAACUUAGGAGUGUUUUAAAUAAUGUCAGAAAGUGUGGAAACCCUAGCAGUGCUCUGAUUUAACGACAUUUCACUUUGAUUAAUGACAACUACAGUAUCUGUGUUUGUAUUUUGUCGGGGGGAGUUGCUUUGCCGAAAACAUUUCCAAGAUAACUCCUCUACUUUCACGUCAGGGAAUUUAAAAAGCGGUAUUUCCGACAGCACCUGAAGGCAGCAGCAGAUGCGGGUCUUAUUUGUUCUCUCCAGCAGGAGGGCGUUCCUCUGAAGAAGACACUAACACAGUGUGGUGAAUUAUGCCGGUGUACCGAUUCCUAUUUAGAUGCUGACCGAGCUGAGGCGGUGUCUCAGAGUUUUUAACACCCGGAUCGGGCCUCCCUUGAUGUUAGCCUUCCCGGUGGUAUCACUGCCGGGGGAAGGGCGACAGAGGAGGCCGGGCUCGAAGACAUGGAGGCUAACCGUCCUUGCAGAGGGAGUGAGCUGUAGGACGUGGUGAAUUCUUCGGGGUGUGGGCACUCCUAGAAUGGACCCCGGCCACAUCAGAGGGGAUAUGUCACCUUUGUACGUGCCAAGAAAAAGAAAGUCUGUCCAGUCACAACCUAAAAGUGGAGUGCCAUGUCCAGUUGUUCAGCGAAUGCCAGAAAGAGCCUGUGAGUCAAACACAGUUGGAUAUCAUAAGAAUGACGAGUCUGAAGCCGAAGACGCUCUGAAGAUGAAAAGAACUUACGGUAGAAAAAGGUACGAGGACCUCCAGAGUGUUUCCAUAGGAACAGUAGAUUACCCAACCACCAGCUGCUCAGUGAUGUCAUCAGGUGACCUGGCCAAUGGGGUGGAACCGGGCUCCAUGGCUCCGCCCACAGCGAGGCUGCCUCCGAGACUGGUGGCGAAGGACGCGUGGCCUCAAGGCCCGGAGGCCGGCAGGGAGCAGUCCCAGCCUCAGGACCAGAGCUGGAACCCCGGCAGGGACAGAGGCCCCGAUGCCUGGGCCCCGGGUAGAGACCGACCCCAGGAGCAGGUCUGGAACUCCGGCAGAGACCGAGUGGGACACUCCAGUCAAGACCAGACGUGGAUAGCGGGCAGGGACAGAGCUCAUACAGGACAGGAUCAGGCCUGGAUGACGGGUCGGGACAGAGGGCCUGAGCAGGGCUGGGCGGCUGGCAGAGACCGAGGCCAGGAUCAGGCCUGGAACGCAGGCAGGGAUCCAGGAAGAGACCGGGCCUCCUCAGGGCCAGAGCAGACAUGGGGAUCUGGCCGAAACCAAGACCAAACCUGGAGCAACACGAGCAGAGACCGAGGACACGUCUGGAGACCUGACUUGAACAUGAAGAAGGUCCAGAGAGUGGAGAUGGAGCGAAGCCCUCCCGUUAAUAACUUUCCACAACCGCCAGAGGGCAGAGACUCCUGUUCAGAUGCAGCCAGUGUUGGUGAGGCCUCGACGGCCCAACCCAUCGAGGACCAGAAACCUCCGGUCCUCUCCACCAAGAAGGAGCCUCCUACCUACCCUCCAGGAAGCCAAGAGGAGCGCUGGCAGCUCCAGAUUGUGGCCAAAGGCAGAGUCACCUGUCCAAAAUGUAAGAGUGUGAGCAGAAAGACUGUGGAGGGGCUGAAGAAACACAUGGAGAACUGCCGACUGCAACCCUUCACCUGUCAACACUGUGGGAAACAGCUGAAGUCUUCAACAGGGAUGAAGUAUCACAUCAUGGCUGAUCACAGCCAUCUGCCUUCAGCAGACGAUGCCAAGGACCUGGACGAUCGUGCCAUCAAAGACAAGCUACGUAAAAUCCUGAAGAGACUGGGCAAAUUAAAAUGCUCUAAAGAGGGCUGUAAUGCUGCAUUCACCAGUAUCAUGGGCUACGUAUACCACAUGAAGAAGUGUGGGAAGGAGGAGUCAGAGCUGGAGAAGAUGUUGCUGAAUUGCUCUCACUGUGGGAAAACAUACAAAUCCAAGGCUGGUCUGGAGUACCACCUUAAAUCAGAGCAUGCUCCUACGCCCCAGAAGACUGAAGAAGACGAGGCAUUGAAGGCCCAGAGGGAGGCCAACCCGGAGAGGACGCCCAGCGGCAGGGUGCAGCGAGCCUCAGCGCAGGUGGCCAACUUCCACCUGGCUGAAAUUGCCAACAACGAGUUGCCCAAAGACUGGCCCAAAAGGAAGUUUCAGUCAGACCUGGUGCCCGAUGACAAAAAGUUAAAAUACGCCCGACCAGGUCUCCCUGCCUUCAGCCAGGAGGUGCUGAGGAAGUGGAAGAACGAGGUGAAGCUGCAGAGGAAGGUUCAGUGUCCCAACCAGGGUUGUGGCUGCACCUACACCAGUGUAUCUGGGCUGAAGGCUCAUCUGGGACUCUGCACAAGAGGCGACUUUGAAGCUGGAAAAUACAGAUGUCUCAUCUGCAAUAAAGAGUUUAACUCUGAGAGUGGAGUGAAAUAUCACAUCAACUCUGUCCAUUCACAGGACUGGUUCGUGACAAACAAAAAGGCCUCCAAGAAGUUUGAGAAGUUCCUCAAAAACCAGCCCAAGGAGUUUGUCCAUAACGUGGACAAGCAGAUUGUGGAUCAGUACCACCAUCACCACGUCCAGCAUCAUCAUCAACAGCAUCAUCAUCAACACCACCACCACCACCACCACCACCAUCAGCAGCAGCAGCAGCAGCAGCUGCAGCACCAACCCCUGCAGCACCCUCUGCAGCCGCUGCACCACCUCCAGCACCAAACCCACCUCCUCCACCCAGAGCACCAGAACCUCCCUCCACAGGUGGACACGCAGCUCCAGCAGCCGAUGCUCCACUACACCCCUCUAGAGCCCCCUCCGGGACCACUGUGGGUGGAUAUGGACCGGAGAGGAGCCGUGCCGGGGCCAGAGCAGGCCCCGAUCGAGAUGGAAAUGGCCGACGUCGACAAACGAGUUGAGGACAGCAGCGGGCCGGUGGAGGUUAAAAGGAGAGAGAAGGGGGAGAGGGGAGGGGAGAGGGGGAAGGCUGAUGGGAAGCGGAAGGACUGCUUUGCUUUUGGUGGCGGCGGAGGUGGAGGUGGAGGUGGAGGUAGUGGUGGCAGCAGCAGCAGCAGCAGCAGUAGCAGCAGUAACACCGGCAGCUCGUCCAGCGAAUCAGAGGUGGAGCAGCAGGAUAGGCAGAGACAGAUUGACCAGUGGAAUCUGAAACGACCGGGCAUCAUGGAGUCCCACCCUGAGGCUGGAAAACGACAAAGGAACACUUAAAAAUCACACUUUUCCUUAACACUUGUCAGAUGCUCUCACACAUCAGAGCUGAUUUUAACGUAGAGGAAGAUACCAUCUGGUGUCUGUCCACACUCUAUUAGCUGAGACAGUGUGACAGACAAAAACAAACCAACCUUUUUCCACAAGACCAACAGGUAAGACGGCAGCUUACGACAGGAAGUUGACAGAAGUGAUGAUGGAGUAAACCUCGAGGUGUCAGCGUGGAUAUGAGACUCUAUGCUUCCGGUUUAGAGGCUGUUUCUCUGUAUUGAAAUGGUUGUCACUGUAUAGCCCUGAGAAAUGUAGUUAUACCGUUUAUCUGUGUGUUUAUAUGUAACAGAUUCUUUUCACCAACUUUAAAUGUGUCUUAUUCUUUUAAAAAAGUUUGAUAAACACUUUCACGUCUUUUAUGUUUACCUUAAAGGGAGAAAGUUACUCUUAACCUGAAGAGAGGACGCUUCACUAUAGUGUUUUAGACUUGUCUAGUCGCUCUCUCUCUGAAAACAUUUUGUGCCUCUUAAGUAUGAUCUGUAUAACUUCAUACUACUCAUUAUCACUGUUAAUUAAAACUGAUUGGACUUUUCUGGGCUUAAUAAGGUUGGAAGUGUAACUUUUCUGAUCGUAUUCGAUAGAGAAGAGGAUCAGGUCUCCCUGGCUUUGAUUCCCCUCACCUUCUCUCUUCCUGUACCUGUACUUUCAUCUGUGGGAUUUAUUUUUUUCUAACCGUGUGUUGACCAUGAAUGUGACUUGGUUCGUGGCUGGCAUCAGGCUGCCAUCCUUGAACCAAGUCUGCUGGUAACGUCUGGUAAGAUGAAAGAAUCAGGAGCUCGAACAGACGAAUCACGUGAAGAGCAAUGAAGCAAAAAGGCAGCAAAGACUUGAUAGAUACUAUUUAUUUAACACUUUACUUAUGAAAGUGAAAAUAAGAUCAACAUAGUUCGUCCUUCCCUUCAGGACGUCUGUGCCAAGCAUCAUUAGCUGUAGCGCAGCAUUUUGCAAAAAGUUACAUUUACCUUUUAAAACCACAAAUUGUUGUUGUUACAUUUUUGUUUGUGUAGGUAUUAAACAAAUGAGCUACAGGCUGUUAAGUAGCAAGAGUUAGAAGAAGCAGCUAGCUGUUUCCCCCCUGUGGUUUUGAGAUAUGUGUUCAUGUAGUCUCUUGAAACACAUUCAAACUUGAGUGAUUGGGCUCCAUUGAUACACAAACAAAACAUCUAAACUAAAGGUCCACUUACUAACUUUAUCCCCAGUGGAUGGAGUUGAUUAUAAUCACCAUCUGACAGUUAGUUUCUAAAUUAAUCAAUGAGUUGUUUCUCUAAAAUAAUGAAAAAUACAUAAUGACAUUUUUGCUUGAAAAAACUCACUAAUUGUUUAAUUAACUAAUUGUUGCAGCUGUAAUGUUUGAAUUGAUGUUCAUUAAACAAAAUAAUAUCAGCAGGGAAACAAAGAAAGCACAGAAAUAUGAUGCUUCUUAAUGGUUGAUCAAGAAACAAGAACAUCUGGUGACUUAUUGAUCAUGUUACAGUGCAGAUAUUUCGGUCAGAUGGAUAUUUUUAAUGGCCACGUGAACAGAAUUAUAGGGCUGCACACGUCCUCUCCACCUCACAGACACAAACACUGACACAGGUGAACUCUUAACGAGGAGUUCAGGUGUUUUUCUUCUCCGUUCAUUCUUCAAAGACAGACCUGCUUUUGUCUCACAGAAUAUUUAACCAAUAGCAUGUAGCCUAAUGUUUAUGUACUCUGCAUUUUGUAUCUACUAUAGUGGUGUACGGUUAUGGAUGGUUGUCAUUUGUUUGUGAUGUUUUAACACUAUUUUGUAUUUUUUUUUUUACAACUUUUUUGCAUCUAUGAAUGUAUUUGUUUAUGUGUUUCCCCUCUGUUGUGCACUUCUGUUUAGCCACUUUCCCUCUGAGGUUAAUUCAUAUCAUCGUUUUUUAUUUGACACAUUCAAAGAGGAUUACCCUUUAAUCUGUGAAUCUGUCGACUGUGUAAAAAUAUUCACUGUAUCUGAUUCUGUUUUAAGUGCUUUACCCUUCAUUGCCCUCCAUCAGAUGCCUUUUAGAAGAACGUUAAAGAUAGAAAACCUCCUAAGUACAUGGGAAGUAUUUCAAACAGCCUGAAUUAUCAUUCACUGUGGAUCUGAAGGUGCUGGAAAACAAAUUCAUUAUCGCUUACUGAUCGCUUACUGUGUCUUCACUCAGAAGUCAAAGCACCAAGGACGUUAGACUCCUGCAUCACUGUUUAUCAUUAUAUUUUUUCACUGAUAAAAGUGGUUGUGCAGCCUAAGCUGGCUCUGUCAGUAUUAUGUUCCUUGUACUAAUCGGUUGUUGCACCGUCUGCCAAGACUUUGACUCUGAUUGUGUUUGAAUGUUCAUUGCAGUGGUGCUUUUUUCUUUCCACUGUAGAUGUUGCUGCUGAUGCUAAAUACUCAGUACUUCCAGAUAAUAAUUAUAAUAAGAUCAUUAUUAUUCAUUGCCUUAAUCAGUGGGUUCCAACAUUAAUGGCUUGUGAAACCUUGAAAUAAAGCAAAAUUUACUUUGAACCCAUCAGUUAUACCAAGUUACGCUUAAAGGGCUUAAAGAGGGAAUAUUGUCCAGUAAUAUAAGAAAAAAGCAGAGAUUAGAGGAAAACUGGAAGCUAAUUUUGUGUGCAUUUUUUAUUUUCCCUGCUCUCCUAUCCUGUUAGCUUUCUUGCUAACACUUAGAUUUAUCUUGUGACCUCUUAUCGGCUCCUGACCCUGCAAGAGAUCAUUGACUUACUGUUCCUGUUGCUGCUGAAAUACUUCCCAUGUCCAGUAUGCUUGUGACCAAAUCUUUAUCACCAUGCAUGCACUUUGAACUGUUUGAUGGCACAAAUUGAAGCAUUGCUCAGUGUUAAGAGACUCUGAAGUGAAAUUAGAGCUCAGAGUCAGACAUUUAAUGGCUUAAACUUCUUAUUCCGUUGGAUAAAAUACAACAGUCCAGCUCAGACAUGUUUUUCCUAUGAUGAAACCAUUAAGGCUUGGACAUCUUGUCACAGUACUUUGCACCUUGUCUUCCUGCUGUUACUUUAUUUACAGUAUUUACAGUAGCAUAUGUUGUUCUUAAUGCUGGAGCACAGCUCGAUAAUUCAGAUUUAGUCAAAUUAAAAAGCCCUAUCUGUUAUUAUUUUUGUAUUUUGGUGCCAGUCGAGCUGUGAAUUAUUUUUACCAUUUGUGAGGGGCAUCAGUAUUAUUGUGGUUUGAAAGCCAGGUUUAAAGUUUAUUGUUGUUUUAUCAUAAACCCAUUAAACCUGGCAGACGCUGUGUAAAAUUCGGUCCUGACCUGAACUGAAGUGAUUCGGCCGUUCUAGAUGUGAUGCUGGACAUAGAAGUUGUUAUUGACCGUACAGUAAAGGAGCUCUGUGCGUUAAAUGAAAAUAAUGAAAAGCUGUUCUCAUGUCUCGUGCCCCAUCCCCUCCAUCCAUACAGAAAAUAUACAGUUAUAUAUUAUCUAGGCCAGAUUUAAAUCAAGAAUCCGUUUGUAGCCUUGUACCAUUUGUAAACACAUAAAGAAAGCACUUAUUUUUUUUCUUUUUGUGAGACAUGAUUUCUAUUCAAGUGAAAACAGUUAUUGUCUCAGCCAACACUACAUUAAAAAUCAGUAUAUUUAAUAUGUUAUUACUUGUUUUUUAGAAGCUAUGUGCUGCUAUUUCAUAGUACCAGCAGUGUUAUAACAACAGAUAAUUAAAAGUUUAAUUCAUGGUCA